AUGCCACAACUUGAUACUUCAACAUGAUUCCUAACAAUUUCCCUCAUAAUCAUCUCAUUAUUCUGCGUGUACCAAACAAAAAUAAUUAAUCAAACUAUAAUCUCCAUCACCCAACAAAACAAAAAAGAUAUCACCUCACAAACCCAACUACACUGAGAAAAGAAAUGAACGAAAAUCUAUUUGCCACAUUCAUCACCCCUACUAUCAUAG